AUGGCUCUUUUGAUCGGAAAAGGCGAUACCAUCUACGUACGUGACGUGGAGCUGGACAACGAACCAAUUGUUGUCAAAUGGCAACAAUGGGGUGCUCGUAGCGAAAGGUACAUCCCAGCUCAGUACCGUAAUAUCACCGGAAAGAUCUUCAUUCAGGUCAGCAAAGCCGAUGAGUUUCGUCUCAAGCAUGAUCGCUCCAAAGACUCGUACACCGUACGAAUCAACCAAGACUUCCUAUAUGGCCAGAACAAAGAACAGACAAAGCGCUUUCUCGUGCUUCAUGAUAAAGAGCACAAACCAUAUCAGUUUCGCUUUGUAGAAAGCGCCAUGGUGGCGGCGGGAAACGAGGCGGCAAAGGUCGCUCAUAGCCUUGGUUUUGAUGGGGGUUUGGAAAUUCUCGAACUUUUGAAGAGAUUCCUUGGGGAUUACUUGAAGGAGUUUUAA